CCAAAAGAAUAAAUAAAUAAUGAAAAGACUUAUGAAUGAGAAAGGGAAAAAGAAAAACCAGCGGAGAAUAAGGGGAAUUUCAGAAAGUGUGGUGGGAGGGGUUGCGAAGAGGGCCAAACAAACCCUUAGUUGUUGUCUUCGCUCAAUUCAGGCUAUCAACUACCAGGAAAUUUAAAUUUGGACAAUAUCUCAAGACGAGUUCAAUCUCUUGAUCGUGUGGGCGCACACCACUUUAUGGUGUUAAAAUUGGAUUGUAUUCUUUUUAUGUUUACUCAGGCUUGUCAAGAACUGGUGAUGUGAACAAAAUUACUCGAGGAUUCAACGUUUCAUGCUUAUGCUGAAAAAGGAAGAUGAUCCAAGGCAAGGCCUGCGAGGAAUGUUUUAUUGUACAGUGAAUUUUAAGGUGCACUAAUGCGAUUGACCACUUGGUGUGAUGGAGAUAUCAUUAUUGAAAGCACUUCUCAGAAACAUCUCUUGUUUCUUUCAUUUGUUGUCUCAUGAUAACAUAAACUGUGAACCAGUUCAUAGAUACUACCAGAAGAUUGAAGAGAUAUUGAAGUUGAUAAAGCCGGUGCUUGAUGCCAUUACUGAUGCUGAAAUAGCAUCUGAAGAACAACUUCAUAAUAAAUUUGCAGGACUGAGUCAAUAUGUUGAUGAACUGAGGGAGCUAUUUGAAAACUGGCAUCCGUUGAUGAGUAAAGUUUAUUUUGUUCUGCAAGUUGAAUCAUUAAUAUCAAAGGUUCAGACUUCUAUCCUGGAAAUUUUCGAGCUGCUGAAAUCUUCGGAUCAAUAUCUCCCUGUUGAAUUGAAUGCUGCAUCUCUUGAGCUUUGUGCACAGAAAAUUAAGCAAAUGGGUUAUGAACAUACCUCAGUUGUCAUCACAAAAGCAAUUAAGGAUCAAGUGGAAGGCUCUGAACCUAGUUCAGAGAGCCAGGCAAAGUUCAUUGAUAGCCUGAGCUUAAGGUCAAAUCAGGAGCUUCUGAUUGAGGCUGUGGCGCUUGAAAAAUUGAAGGAGAAUGCCGAACAAGCUGAGAAGAAUGAAGAAGCUGAGUACAUUGAUCAAAUGAUCGCUCUUAUUACCCACAUGCAUGAGCGCCUUGUUAUGAUGAAACAGUCCGAGAGCUGUAAUCCCGUUCUCAUUCCUGCUGAUUUCUGCUGCCCUCUUUCACUUGAACUGAUGACAGACCCAGUAAUUGUAGCUUCAGGACAAACCUAUGAGCGGGCUUUUAUCCAUAAGUGGAUUGAUCUUGGGCUCACUGUUUGCCCAAAGACCAGGCAAACUCUCGCCCACACCAAUCUCAUUCCUAAUUACACUGUAAAGGCACUAAUUGCAAAUUGGUGUGAAACAAACAAUGUUAAGCUGCCUGAAACAAACAACGCUAAGCUGCCUGACCCCUUGAAAUCUAUGAGCUUAAACCAGCCUUCUUCCCUUUCACAUCCCGAAUCUGGUGCUCCCAGGGAUUUGCAUAUCCUUCCUCAUUCAAGGGCUAAUCAACCUAUAUCACCCCGUUCACCUCGGUCUAUGGGUUCACCUGGAAAGAAUCUAAUCUCAUCUAGUGGAAUCCAUCGAGAGGGAACUUCUCCAUCACAUCCUCGUUCGUCUUCAGAGGAUUCCUUGCCUGGUGUAGCUGGAAAUGGACAUGGUUUGGAUAUUGGGAGAACAUCAGUUACAAAUUCCGAAGACCGGUUGGUUAACUCGGAAGAGAGAAGUUUGGAUUCAUGUAGCCAACCCCCUAUUUCACCAUCAAGAAAAGAACUUUCUAGUGCUAGUGGGCCUGAUGAACAGUCAUCUCAGGGCCAUAAUCGAACUGUCUCAGCUUCCAGCACACUUUCUAAUGCAAAUUUUUCACAAGGAACGCCAGGUGAUGGCAAUGAGGUGCCCUCCCAGGUGACAGCCUACAGUAGUGAUACUUCUGGGGAGGUGACAUCAGAGCCACUGGCUACUACUACCUCAACCACCCCACAGAGAGAGCAUGAGUUCCCACUUCGAUUGGAGGCGAGAUCUCGAAGCCAAAUCUGGCGCAGGCCAUCUGAAAGGUUUGUUCCAAGGAUAGUUUCUUCUCCUGCCAUGGACACGAGGGCUGAUCUUUCUGAAGUUGAAACCCAAGUCAGGAGGCUUGUUGACGACUUGAAGAGCACAUCAAGUGAUGCUCAAAGGAAUGCCACAGCUGAACUUAGGCUACUUGCCAAGCAUAACAUGGAUAAUCGAAUUGUAAUAGCAAGCUGUGGAGCCAUCAACCUGUUGGUUGAACUACUCAGUUCACCAGACACAAGGAUACAGGAAAAUGCUGUUACUGCACUUCUCAACUUAUCAAUUAAUGAUAAUAACAAAACCGCUAUUGCAAAUGCUGGCGCAAUUGAACCUUUGAUUCAUGUUCUUGAGACAGGUAGUCCUGAGGCUAAGGAGAACUCAGCUGCCACUCUUUUUAGCCUCUCGGUGAUUGAGGAUAACAAGGUCAAGAUUGGAAGGUCUGGCGCAAUUAAACCUCUGGUUGAUUUAUUGGGAAAUGGAACUCCUAGGGGGAAAAAAGAUGCAGCCACAGCUUUGUUUAAUUUGUCAAUAUUUCAUGAAAAUAAGGCCCGGAUUGUGCAGGCUGGAGCUGUGAAAUACCUUGUAGAGUUGAUGGACCCUGCUGCGGGGAUGGUUGAUAAGGCAGUUGCUGUUUUGGCUAAUCUUGCUACCAUCCAUGAAGGAAGGGCUGCAAUUGGUCAGGAGGGAGGGAUUCCUGUUCUAGUUGAGGUUGUUGAGUUGGGUUCUGCAAGAGGGAAGGAGAAUGCAGCUGCUGCUCUUCUACAGCUUUGCACAAAUAGUGGUAGAUUCUGCAAUACGGUGCUUCAGGAAGGAGCUGUUCCACCAUUAGUGGCAUUGUCUCAGUCGGGCACACCAAGAGCCAAGGAAAAGGCUCAGGCGCUUCUAAACUACUUUAGAAGCCAGCGACAUGGUAAUGCUGGGAGGGGCUGACUUUCAUAAGAUAACCCUUGGAUUCAUCCAAUAUCUUGAGGUAAGAUAUAUUUAGUGUGUAAAUCCCAUGUUGCAAAUAAUGACUACGAAGGGCCUGCUGCUUGGAUGUUUCUUGAUUUGUGAAGAGAAGAAAAAAAAAAUUAAAAAAUUGAUUUGCGGGGAUUUCUCGAGUCCUCUGAUGAAUAACUUUAUAUGUGAAUGUGGGAAAAAAAUUUUACACCUGGAAGUUUAGUUUUUGCAGCCUUCUGUAAUAUGAGUUUGGGCAAGACGUGGAAAGGGAAUAAUCAUUUUUAUAUUGUUAGAUGUCAUGCCUUCUCAUGUUAUUGCUGAUGUUGUAUUUGUUUUUUACCUUUUUAUUUAUUUUUUAUGUAAAUGUCUUGUGUGUCCUAGAAAUUCUUGAGAAGUUGAGGGAUGUGCCCUAUAUAAAUGAACUCGGUUGGUUUUUAUUAUUAU